AUGGGAUCCGAUAAACCGCAGCCGGCGCUCCAGGUGACGGACCGGUUCGUGCGGAAGAUGCUCGCAGAGGAAGCAAGCGAGAAGGAGCGGAAGCGAACGGGAAAGAAGGGCAAGGGGAGAGGGGGGCGCGGGGAGCAUUUCAGAAAUCAAGCAGGAUCGGCGGGGGGAGCAGCAGCAGCAGAUGGAGCCAGCGUUUCUUCUGCAUUGCUGCAUGCUCCUCCACCGCUUCCUCCCAGUCUUAAUCCGCUGUUCUUUGGCGCGGCUGUGACUGCAUCCACGGUAGCCGAUUCUGCUGUUGCUGCUGAGUCCGCUGUUGCAGCUUCUGGAGUGGGGUUUGCAGCAGAGGCAGAGGCGGCGUACAGAGUGCAGCGGAGAAAGGAGGAGCUUGCGGACUUGGAGAAGACUCUGGAGCAAGUGAAGUCUCUUCGGGUUGACAUUGCUCAUGAGCGGCAGGAGGAGGCUGCCCGUGCCGCCAACAUGGCACAUGCAUUGCAGGCACAGCAGUUCAGACCACCGUCUAGGGAAGUGCCUUGCCAAGCUGAGAGGGAGGAAUGCCUAAGAUGCUACACUGAAAACAUGAAGGAUCCGCUCUCUUGUUCAAGUGUGGUGAACAAGUUUGUUGAGUGUUCACGACAAGCUCAACAGGCAUUCUUGGCCCUCGGUUGGAUUCGGUUCAGACUUCACCGCUACACCACGCCUAUCAUGGCACCCUCAAUCGCCCUACACCACGGCCUUCGCCUCUGCUCGAGAACGACACCCGCGACAAGGCUCUCGCCCGCGCCGUGUCUCGCAUCUCUCCGCGUCCGCGCAAACCUUCCCCCACGCGAUGUCCGCGCAAGCGCAUCCCCACGCGUCGUCUCGAAUGCGCUCACGGCGCUUGAGGCGACUGCUAGCUCUCCGCCUGCAGCGGGAACUGCGGCGGCGAUUAACUCCGUGGUGCAGAAGAUAGAAACGAUGGGGCUGACGGACACGAGCCUCGUCUCGACCGAUGAGCAUAGAGCGUGGGUGGCCUCCGCUUGCGUGGCCCUCGCCGCGUUGUUCGCUCGCGGCGUGCUGACCACUGUGGACGAUGCGAGCGUCACAGCCGUGCUGGGCGCAGUUGCAGCGGCUGCUGGAGCGUAUUUACUUGCUGAUUUCGGAACAGGCGUGUAUCACUUUGGAAUCGAUAAUUACGGCGACGGUUCGACGCCGAUUUUUGGGCCCCAAAUCGACGCGUUUCAGGGUCACCACAAGCGGCCGUGGACGAUCACCAAGCGACAAUUCGCGAACAAUCUGCACGUGCUCGCGAAGCCUAUUCUUUUCUCCACGCUCCCAUUCAUUUUAUUGCUCCCGCAUUCGGCCGAGCAAGAUAUUUUCUUUAGCGUCUUCCUCGCUUCCGUUAUGUUCAGCCAGCUUUUCCACGCUUGGUCGCACACGCCCCGCGUCCUCCUCCCUCCAAUCGUCCCCAUUCUCCAAGACGCCGGCCUCUUAGUUUCCAGAAAGAUGCACGGCGCGCACCACCGUCCUCCUUAUAACGCCAAUUACUGCAUCGUUAGUGGAGCAUGCAACCCUCUUCUCGACUCUAUUGGUUUCUUUUCCGGCCUGGAAAAGAUUAUAUUUCAAUGGACAGGGGUUCCUUCCAGGUCCUGGAGUGAGACUGCACCCGAGUGGCUGGAAGAGGCCAUGGCGUCCGUCACUGCUCAUGCCGCUGCUUCCGUCGCCUCAUACGCCUCGGCGUCGCGCACCGCUGCCACGUCAGCAUCCGCGCAGCAGACUACCAUGUCCUGCUCACUCCGCACCCUCCCCUCCUCCAUGUCCACGUCAUCAGCCGCCUCCAGCUCAGCCACCCCUUUCUUCCAGGGCGCUCGCCUCCCCACCCUGAAAGCCACCACACGCGCCGCCGCAUCUCCCGCCGCGAAAUCCGGCGCGGUGCAGGUCCGUGCGGGGGAGAUCAUCGAGGUGGAGCUGGAGCGGCCGUACGGCCUCAAAUUCUACCGCGGCGAGGACGGCGCGAUCUACAUCGACGCGCUGUACCCCGGGCAAUCGGGGAUUCUGAGCAAGCAGAUAGAGGAGGGCGACAAGGUGCUUGCAACGAGCGCCGUGUUCGGUAACGAGAUGUGGCCCGCUGCGGAGUACAGCCGCGUCAUGUACACCGUCAGGCAGCGCGUCGGCACGCUGCUGGUCCGCCUCGAGAAAAUGGGAGGGCAAAAGAUCGGCCCGUGGAAGAAGGACAAGUACCUGGAGGAGCGAGCGGCCGGCAACUACGGCGAUGCCAUCCGCGAGAAGCAGAUGGAGAAUGCGGCGCUCCGGCAAGAGCAGGCCGAACAGCGCGUCGCUGCUCUCGACAAAGGUCUCCAGCUCUACAAGGCGGGGAAGUACGAGGAGGCGAUGCAGAAGUUUCAGACGAUCAUCGGGCUGGUGCCGUCGUACCGCGAGGAGGCCGUGGCGUUCUACAACAUCGCGUGCUGCUGCUCCAAGCUCAAGAAGGUUGAGGGCGGCCUUCAGGCUCUAGAGGCGGCGAUGGAGGCGGGCUUCGAUGACUACAAGAAAAUCCGCCAAGACCCUGACCUGUCCUACCUAAGAGACGAUGACGAGUUUGAUGAGCUCAUGGACAGGUACGAUGAGCCAAUCAUCAACGAGAAUGCCAUCAAGGCACUCACCAGUGUGUUCGGGCUCUUUGGCAAGAAAUAG